GCGUUGGCGGGAUGGGGCUGCUGGAGCAGUGCGAGGCCGCCUUCGGCUCCGCCGACCUCUACUGCGUCCUGGGCGUUCGCCGGGAGGCCUCGCCCGAGGAGAUCCGCCGCGGCUACCGCCGCGCCUCCCUCCGCGUACACCCCGACCGCGUUGAGCCUGAUGCCAAGGAGGAGGCGACGCGGCGGUUCCAGAUCCUAGGCAAGGCGUACGCCGUCCUGAGCGACGAGGAGCAGCGCGCCCUGUACGAUGAGCAGGGCACGGUGGACGAGGAGGGUGAGGCGCUGAGGGAUGAGUGGGACUGGCAGGAGUACUGGCGGCUGCUCUUCAAGAAGAUCACGGUAAAAGACAUUGAAGACUUUGAAAAGAACUAUAAAGGCUCAGAAGAAGAGGUAGCCGAUGUCAAAGCAGCGUAUAUGGAUUUUGAGGGUGACAUGGACAGUAUAAUGCAGUCUGUGUUGUGUGCGGACUAUACAGAUGAGCCAAGAAUACGGAAAAUCAUAGAAAAAGCCAUUGAGUCUGGAGAAGUUCCACGCUACAAGAGCUUUGUAAAAGAGUCUAAGCAGAAAAUGACCGCAAGAAAGAGGCGGGCAGAAAAAGAAGCUAGAGAGGCAGAAAAGACUAAAGACGAACUGGGCCUUAGUGGAGAAGAUGACUUGAAAGCACUGAUUGAAAGCAGAAAUAAAGAUCGAAAAAAGGAAACGGAUGACUUUUUGGCCCAACUGGAAGCAAAAUAUGGGAGUAAUGCUAAAAAAGCAGGAAAGAAGACUUCAGCCAAGAAAGGAAAGAAAUAAAGAACUGUAUAGGCUGAAAUAUCAGUCUGGCACUUUCUGUUUGGGAG